AUACGUGUUCUUCGGCCAUGUUGUGGUUUUGAAUGAGGAAGAAGCGGGAGAGAUUAUCGUUUCUGUUUCUUUGCAGCGUUUUUUCGAAUUCACAUUGUUUUGAGAGGGAUUUCAUGAGGUGAGAACCCCGGUAAAGAUAGUCGAAGACGAAAAUACAGUUAGAAAGUUCAGUUAAACCAAGUCAAUUAACCGUCAGUAUAAAGAUAAUAUCUGGAGAGCUCUUCGUUGUGUUCGCCUAGCUCAACGUUAGCUAGCUUGGCUAGCUAGCGUUAGUUAGCUUAGCCUAGCUAAAACUACUGGAGAAUCCAAAUUGAUCUCGCUCUUUACUUAACGUAGCUACUCGGCUAGCUAGGUGGCUAGCCGGCUACACGGAAUUUGGUUAUGCGAAUGCGUAACGUUAGCCAGAGCUUUGGACUGCGUUGGCAGAAUAACGUUAACUAGCAUUUGUUUUAUUUGCGUCACCAGCAACUUUUGCACCUUUCUCAGCGACGGUAAUUGGUGUUGAGGUACUUUUUGACGCCACGAAAACAUGUUUAAUAAACUGUACGAAUGGAUCGGAACGGGGAUUGCCAGCCUCCGGAACGGAGCGCCUGCGAACGACCAGGGAGAGGGAGUCCAGCAAGAUGGACAGAACAGGAGAAAAAGACAGAUCAAUUGUGUGGAAGACGGGGAGGCUGUCAAUCAAGAAGACGCAGUGGUGAAGAAAUUCAGAAUGGGAGACUGGAUAGACACCGUGAAGAUUGCUGCUAAAGGUGUGAAGACCCAGGGCUCCAGCGUGGCGUCGUGGGUGAAGAGCAGCGUGGGCCCCUCCCUCAGCAACAUCCUGCCCGCCUCGCCUGGCCCCCCACCCCUGGCGCCCCCUCCGGAGGCCUCGCCCGCGUCCCGUCCUGCCACGCCCUCGUGGGCGGAGACUGAGUUCCAGAUGGGGACACCUGGUUCACUCAGGGAGACUUUCAUCAUGCCCUCCAGUACCCUGACAUGGAAAAGCUGCAAAUCAGUUCACGCAGAGCCCCUGAGGAUGGACAGGCCCGUCCUGGGACCGCGGGCCUUCGGGCGACCCUCCUACGCGGACGUCCCGCGGGGGGAGGCGCCCAAAACCAACGGGCACUCGGCGACGCUGCCCCCCGCCCUCGCGCCCAGACCGUGCCCCUCCCCCCGCCUGGGCAGGACCCUCAACUUGACGCCGCGGCGCUCGCCCAGUUCCCCGGCCUCCACCGGGGGCAGCGCAGGCAGCCCCUUCACCAGCAUGUACGAGAAGACCUUCCCCAUCCGUGUGGUGCAGAGCCCCUCCCACUCCAGCUCAGCCCGCCUCCGGCGCAGGAGGGCCCACUGCACAGCUCAGGAGUCCGUGCAGAUGGAGGAGAAGGAGGUGUACAGGCAGCUGCUGACCAUGGUGUCGGAGGGUCAGUCUGCCCUGUUCCGGGACGGGACGUCCUGCACUGGCCUGCGCUCCCACAGAGACCUCACCAGCUUCCUGAGCUCCAGCCGUCGGCUGCUCCAGAGCGCCCACCCCGCCGGGUCCUCCGAGGGUGCCAGCGCCCCCUCCAGCCCCCGCCCCGAGUCCAGCCUGGGCUCCAGCGUGCUCCCCAGCCCCAGGGACGGGUCGGGCGGGGCCGAGACCCCCCUCUCCAGUCCCGGCCCCGGGGCAGCGCCGGCAGAGCCCCCCGAACCUGCAGCCAGCCCCGCCCAGCAGGGCGACUGGUCCCACAAUGCCCUGUCCUCAGAUCCAAACGGAGACUCGCUGAUUUUUGUGAAGGAACAGCCGGGGAAGAAGCAAGAUGCCUCUAGUGUUCCAUGUUUCCAUGCCGAGUUGUGGAUCAAAGAACUCACCAGUCUGUAUGAUUCGCGCGCUCGCGAGAGACGGAGGCUGAUCGAGGAGCAGGAGGCUCUCACCGCGCGGCUGUUCAGACAGCGCCUCUCGGAGGAAGGCCACGUGGGCCGGGGCGGCGUGGAGCUGCAGGUUCGCGUCCCCCUAGAGAAGGAGGUUCCCCUGGCGCCCGUCGUCGCGGAGAUCAAAGCCGCCCCGGAGGAGCCGGAGUUCCCCGAGCUCACAGAGGCCAUGCAGCUGCAGGUGAGCCAGGCUCUGAGGGGUGGCAGUCAGGACGAGGUCCUCAGUGAGGGGUUCAGACUCACCAUCACCCGCAAGGACAUCCAGACCCUCAACAACCUCAACUGGCUCAAUGAUGAGGUGAUCAACUUCUACAUGAACAUGCUGGUGGAGCGCAGCCAGCGGCCGGGCCUGCCGUCCGUCUACACCUUCAACACCUUCUUCUACCCCAAGCUCCGCGGCGCCGGCUUCCCCGCCGUCCGCCGCUGGACCAAGAAGGUGGACGUGUUCGCCUCCGACAUCCUGCUGGUGCCCGUCCACCUCGGGGUGCACUGGUGCCUCUCCGUGGUGGACUUCAGGAAGAAGAGGGUCACGUACUUUGAUUCUAUGGGAGGCAUCAAUGACGAAGCCUGCAGGGUAUUGUUGAAGUACUUGGAACAGGAAAGUCAGGAUAAAAAAGGCAAACAGCUGGACACCUCUGACUGGGUCCUUCAAAGCAUGAAGCGCAGUGAGAUCCCGCAGCAGAUGAACGGCAGCGACUGUGGCAUGUUCACAUGCAAAUACGCAGAAUACAUCACCAAAGACCGACCAAUCACAUUCACUCAGAAACAUAUGCCCUAUUUCCGGAGGCGAAUGGUGUGGGAGAUCCUCAAUCGGAAACUCUUGUGAUUUCCAAGAGCAGCUGCGGAACAGAAUGCAAUUGGCUGAAUUGACAUUGAAGUGGGAGGAGCCGGUCGCAUUCCCGCCCCCAUCUCCGACUAACUUGCACCCCUCAGCCAAUCCCCCUCCUAGCAGGGAGGGUUAGAGAUGGGGGGCGGGGGGGGGAAGCAGUCUGACACCAUGACCCGGUGCCCCCUCCAUAUGGGGCGCCUGCCAUCACACCCUGGAGAUCUGAGACACUGCCAGUUUUGCACUGGGGCCCCCUGGGCCUCUUUGACCCCGCCCACUACGGAAUCAGCCUGCUAUUACGAGUAAAUUAUAACGCUACAAUGUACGGUUUACACACAGCCAUUUUACCCACACUCCAUUCUUGAAUCACGUCUUCGGGCCAUAAAUAUAUAUUUUUUUAUGGAAAAAUGAGUUCGUGAAUCCAACCGUGCAGGAAGUGUUACUCAUUGUAGCCUAGGCCCCUUUUAUGGUUAGCCUUCCUAGUGGUGAGAGCGGUCGUACAGAAUGCAUGCGGUUUCCCCUCCCGACCUCAAGGGGGCGACGAACACCGGCUGGCCGGACCUGCAUGUCCUCUCGCGCGACGGCGUAACUUGGCCGCUGGCUUCAGGCGUCUGAAACCGUCACUCUCAGGAUCAGAAUUACGUUUCCAGCAGCUGGCUCGGUCGACUCCGAAGCUCUUUAAAAUCGAAAAGAAGUUGUUAUUUCUCAGAAAAUUUGUAGGACAAGCACACGUGUAUUUUUUUAUAGCGUUGAGGCCGGAUAACCCGCUCGUGCGAAAAGCAGCGGUUGGGGGGGGGGUUGUGGACCUACCUUGAUUCUUUUCUUAUUUCAGAAAUCGGUUCUCUAAUUUUACUUGAGGAGUUAGUGUAAAAGCCUCGCUGUUUAAUGUUGGUUCUGAAGAGCGAGGCGGUAUUUCCGCUCCUCAGCGUCCGUACAGUACAGUACAGUAGUAGUAACUCUAAUAUAUGAUGUAUAUGAAGAUCGGAUUUGAUCUGUAGGACGGACAGACAGCUUUGGGCAGCUGUCUCCUGCAGUACAGUGUCACCACUUUAAGGGCAAGAGGAGGGCUGGAGAAUAAAUAUGUUUAUUUUAUUGUUGCAUCCAGGCCCUUUUUGGUUGUUUCUAGAAGUUUUUUGCAGGAUAAUUUGCAGCUUUUGUAUAUAUAUAUAAAUACAUAUACGUACGUCUUAAGUACACCGUUUCUUGGAAGACUUGUAUUUAAUAUACAUUUUGUAUCUUUUAUUAUCCAUUUUUUAAAAUCUAGUUUAAAAAAAAGAAAGAAAACCUUUUGUGGAAAUAAAUGCCUUAAGACGUUG